CUUUUAGGUGCGUAGUCGCGAAAAACUAUGAAGACGCAACUCUCGCGUCGAGCGGUCCUCAGAAUCCGGGAGUCGUCCUCCAGUUCAAAAAACCAGCAAAUAAAUCCGACAUUUCUUGCAAAGUGAAAUGCGAAAAACGCGUCGCAGAGUAAUCACAUCGCAAACACAGCGAAGGCAGAUAAAUUAAGAGAAUUGAAGAAUCAAGCCAAAUCCAGUGAAGAAUCGAAUUCGAGUCGUAUCGAAUUGAAUUGAAUUGAAUCGAAUGGCAAGGAAGAAUCAGAAUCGAAAUCAGAAUCGCAAUCGGAAUAACAGUAAACACAUAACCACCAUUCAAAAGCAAUCAAAAAAGCAACCAAACAAGCAACAAACAAGCAACAAAAGUGCCAUAUGCAACCGAUAAGACUGUGUGAAUGGUCAAGUGGUCAUCAGCAUCGAAGCGCAUCUCUCUUUCCGCAUGUGUGUUAGUGAGUGAGUGAGUGUGUGAGUGCGAGAGAGUGGGAGAAAGUGAGUGAGCGAGCGAGCGAGAGAGAGAGAGAGAGAGAGAGUGAGACAGCAUCAGAAUGACGGACGCUCGGGGAAGCGGAUUCCCCGCUGCGGAAUUCGAAUGAGCCAGAUCCAAGACUAUUUAAGAUUGGAUUUGGACCCGGAUCGAUCCCCAUUCGAUAAUAUCCUGUGGUAUCCAGGAGCCAGGAUAUAGGAGCCAGGAAUCAGGAGCCAGGAACCAGGAACCGGAAGCACCUUCGACGGCCAUCUAUCCAUCAGCUGACAACUGUCAGCCGUCAGCACCUGUCAGUUGUCAGAGCAACUCUGCGUCCAGGAGGCCAGCUGUCAGCGGAAGUGAGAGCGAGACUGGGAGUGGAAGGACACCGGGGCCAGCAAAACGGGACAACAGGAGCAGCAGGAGCAGGAGCAGGAGCAGGAGCAGGCGAGGAUUGGGCAGCGCGGCGCGUAGCGUGUAGGCGGCAAAAUGCCUGGCGGACGACGUGGACUGGUUGCGCCGCAGAACACAUUCCUCGAGAACAUCAUCCGGCGCUCCAACUCGCAGCCGGACAGCUCGUUUCUUUUGGCCAACGCACAAAUCGUCGAUUUCCCGAUCGUCUACUGCAAUGAGUCCUUCUGCAAGAUCAGCGGCUACAACCGGGCCGAGGUCAUGCAGAAGUCGUGCAGGUAUGUAUGCGGCUUCAUGUAUGGCGAGCUGACAGACAAGGAGACGGUGGGACGGCUGGAGUACACGCUGGAGAACCAGCAGCAGGAUCAGUUCGAGAUUUUGCUCUACAAGAAGAACAAUUUGCAGUGUGGCUGCGCCCUCUCGCAGUUUGGCAAGGCACAAACCCAAGAAACCCCGCUAUGGCUGCUGCUACAGGUCGCCCCCAUUCGCAACGAACGCGACCUGGUGGUGCUCUUCCUGCUGACCUUCCGGGACAUCACGGCCCUCAAGCAGCCCAUCGACAGCGAGGACACCAAGGGAGUUUUAGGUCUCUCGAAGUUCGCCAAGUUGGCAAGAUCGGUGACCCGGAGUCGCCAGUUCAGCGCCCAUCUGCCCACGCUGAAGGAUCCCACGAAGCAGUCCAACUUGGCGCAUAUGAUGUCGCUGAGCGCGGAUAUCAUGCCACAGUACCGACAGGAAGCCCCCAAAACGCCGCCACACAUACUCCUGCAUUAUUGUGCAUUUAAAGCAAUUUGGGACUGGGUGAUAUUGUGUUUAACAUUUUAUACAGCCAUCAUGGUGCCAUACAAUGUAGCGUUUAAAAAUAAAACCUCAGAGGAUGUUUCCCUGCUCGUGGUCGACUCAAUAGUCGAUGUAAUAUUCUUUAUAGAUAUUGUUUUAAACUUCCAUACAACGUUCGUGGGUCCUGGCGGCGAGGUGGUCAGCGACCCGAAAGUAAUCCGGAUGAACUACCUGAAGUCGUGGUUCAUCAUCGACCUGCUGAGCUGCCUGCCGUACGACGUGUUCAACGCGUUCGAUCGGGACGAGGACGGUAUCGGUUCCCUGUUCAGUGCCCUCAAGGUCGUCCGCCUGCUGCGGCUGGGGAGGGUGGUGCGGAAGCUGGAUCGCUACUUGGAGUACGGGGCGGCCAUGCUGAUCCUGCUGCUUUGCUUCUACAUGCUGGUGGCCCACUGGCUGGCCUGCAUAUGGUACUCAAUCGGUCGCAGCGAUGCGGAUAAUGGGAUCCAGUACAGCUGGCUGUGGAAGCUGGCGAAUGUCACCCAAUCGCCGUACUCGUAUAUAUGGAGUAAUGACACUGGGCCGGAAUUGGUCAAUGGGCCGUCACGGAAAAGUAUGUACGUGACGGCCCUAUACUUCACUAUGACCUGCAUGACCUCGGUGGGCUUUGGCAAUGUCGCCGCGGAGACAGACAACGAGAAGGUGUUCACCAUCUGCAUGAUGAUCAUUGCAGCUCUGCUGUAUGCCACGAUCUUUGGCCACGUGACCACCAUCAUCCAGCAGAUGACCUCGGCCACGGCAAAGUACCACGACAUGUUGAACAACGUGCGCGAGUUCAUGAAGCUGCACGAGGUGCCGAAGGCUCUCAGUGAGCGAGUAAUGGACUAUGUCGUCUCCACCUGGGCCAUGACCAAGGGUCUGGACACCGAGAAGGUACUAAACUAUUGUCCGAAAGAUAUGAAGGCUGACAUAUGUGUUCAUCUAAAUCGCAAAGUAUUUAACGAGCAUCCUGCAUUUCGUCUGGCCUCGGAUGGUUGUCUCCGGGCACUGGCGAUGCACUUCAUGAUGUCGCACUCGGCGCCGGGGGAUCUGCUCUAUCACACCGGCGAGAGCAUCGAUAGCCUCUGCUUCAUCGUCACUGGCAGCCUGGAGGUGAUACAAGACGACGAGGUUGUGGCAAUAUUGGGCAAGGGCGACGUCUUCGGCGAUCAAUUCUGGAAGGACUCGGCCGUUGGCCAGAGCGCGGCCAAUGUGCGCGCUCUGACCUAUUGUGAUUUGCAUGCCAUCAAACGUGAUAAAUUGCUCGAAGUCCUCGAUUUCUAUUCGGCAUUUGCGAAUAGCUUUGCACGCAAUCUGGUGCUCACCUACAAUCUCAGACAUCGACUGAUUUUUCGCAAGGUGGCCGAUGUGAAGCGCGAAAAAGAAUUGGCCGAACGGCGUAAGAACGAGCCGCAAUUGCCCCAGAAUCAGGACCAUCUCGUCCGGAAGAUCUUCUCCAAAUUCCGUCGAACUCCGCAGGUCCAGGCGGGCAGUAAGGAGCUCGUCGGCGGAUCCGGCCAAAGUGAUGUCGAGAAGGGUGACGGCGAGGUGGAGCGAACUAAGAAGCUACCAGCCAAACUGACACUGACCGAGGACGCCCGGAUCCUCAGCACCGCCGCGGCGCCCUCGCCCUCGCCAUCCCCAUCGCCCUCAUCGGGUCCACCAUCUGCGCGCAGUACACGGGCCAGCAAGUGGGGACGCCUCCUGGGCAGUUCAAGCGUCGAUUCAGCUAGCGACACCAGCGCCAAGGUAGCCGUCUCGAGAAGUUUGAGCGCCCGCGAAAGCCUCCGAGAGAGCACCGCCCAAGCGCGGCAGAGUAGUACUUCGAGUAGCAAUGGUGGACAAGGCAACAAACAUUUACAAUUAAGCAAAGUUUUUCCCAAGGCGCCCAAGCUGCAGGCGAGCCAGGCGACCCUGGCCCGCCAGGACACCAUCGACGAGGGCGGCGAGGUGGACUCCUCGCCGCCGAGUCGCGACAGCCGCGUGGUCAUCGAGGGAGCAGCCGGAUCGGCGGGACCCUCAGCGCCGGUGGCCACCACUUCAUCAUCAUCUGCAGCAGCGGCGGCGGCGGCAGCGGGAGCAGGAUCUGGAGCAGGAUCGGGAUCGGGAGCCGGGGCCACGGGCACUGCUGUCGUGGCCGUUGUGGCCACCAAGGCGGAUCGCAAUCUGGCCCUGGAGCGGGAGCGCCAAAUCGAGAUGGCCAGCUCGAGGGCCACCACAUCGGACACCUACGACACCGGGCUGCGCGAGACGCCGCCCACGCUGGCGCAGCGCGAUCUCAUCGCCACCGUGCUGGACAUGAAGGUGGACGUGCGGCUGGAGCUGCAGCGCAUGCAGCAGCGCAUCGGUCGCAUCGAGGAUCUGCUGGGUGAGCUGGUCAAGCGGCUGGCACCUGGAACUGGGAGUGGUACCGCUCCGGACAACAGCAGUGGCCAGACCACGCCCGGCGACGAGAUCUGCGCGGGCUGCGGCGCGGGCGGUGGCGGCACCCCCACCACACAGGUGCCACCCACAUCUGUGGUGACCAGCCCCGUGGACACUGUGAUAACCAUUUCAUCGCCAGGAGGAUCUGGAGCGGGAGCUGGCGCUGGUGGCGCUGGCCUGCUAAAUCCGGGCGCCACAGCUGUGUCGAGCGCGGGAGGCAACGGCCUGGGGCCGCUGAUGCUCAAGAAGCGACGCUCGAAGAGCAGGAAAGCACCGGCGCCUCCUAAGCAGACACUCGCCUCGACGGCCGGCACCGCGACCGCAGCUCCCGCGGGCGUCGCCGGAUCUGGCAUGACGUCAUCGGCGCCAGCGUCAGCGGAUCAGCAGCAUCCGCAGCAGCAGCAGCCGGCGGACCAAUCGCCCACGACGCCAGGGGCGGAACUGCUGCAUCUUCGCCUGCUCGAGGAGGACUUUACGGCUGCCCAAAUGCCCACGACUCCGUCGGGUGGCGGAGGUGGUGGAGGAUCUGGGGCAGGUGCCACGCCCACAACGCCACCAUCAGCGCCCACGGCGGCGGGCAGCGGCAGCGGCACGCCCACCACUACGCCCACGGGCAGCGGUACGCGGGGCAAGAUGGAGUUCCUGUAGCCCACAAUGACGGACGCGGAGCGAGAGGAGGACUCCGGCCAGGAGCAAUAAUACAAAAUCGGAAGAGUAGGGGCCCAGCCUCGCCCACUCGCAAGCCUACGCCUACGCCUACGCUUAGUUAGUCUAUAUACUUAAGAUGCAGCUGUAACCUCAACUCAACACAAAAGCUAACUCAUGUAUCUCAAACUCUUGGAAGUCCACUACAACGUAUCUAGCCGAAUUUUUCAAAGGGGCUUUCAUGUACUGAAGUUUUGAACAAGAAUUUUAAAAGAUCCCAUUUAUAAGAAUUUCUAAAAUAUUAAGCCCAAUUUCAAUGAGUAUUUAAUGAUUUCGUAUCAGUAUUAUAAUAUAUCACAAGACCAUCUAGAGUUCUAUUGUUAUUUUUGAUUUAAAAUGAAAUUUUUGUCUUCAAAACUCCUUUCUUUAAAUUCGAUAUAUAAAUAUAAAAAAAAAAUAUUUAAUUGGUUCUUAAAGAAGCAAAUUAGAGAAGUAUGUAAACUUCUGAAAUUUUAAAAUCACAAUCUCAUCUAAUACUCAAAAUGUAACUUCAAUUUUUGGGAAAUUUCACAAUAUAUAUUUGAUACUUUAAAUAAGCCAUGGUAUUCCCCCUAAAAAUGUGUUGCUAAUGAUAUGUUCUAGUGGAGUUUUGGAUGAAAAACUUUCUUUUUCGCUACACGAAUAUCUACCUAUUGCUAACCCAAUCUUUCACACACAUACACAAACACACACACUCUGAAUGGAAGUGCUCGAUAUUCGAUACUCUUUAACCGUUACAUGAUUAUGACUAUGAUUACGAUAGUGUUAGCCAUAAUGAUAACGAUUAAGAUUAAGGCAAGCAUAUUGCUUACGAAUUUGCUACAUUUACUGCAAUUAUUUACCUUUAUAUGUAUACAUAUAUAUAUAUAUAUACAAAAGCGAACGUUGUAAAGGACACAGAUACACCCACACUCACACCACACUCACACACACACAUACAUAUAUAUAUAUAUAGCUGUAUGUAUAUAUGGAUAAUUUUGUGAUAACUGCUAAAGGAGGCAAAACCCCAGACGAAGAAAAUGCUUACAGACCGAAACAAUGCCCGUGAAUUGUACAUAGUCUAAAACUGAAACCUAACUUUAGAGAGGAUCCAACAGGGAUGCCAUGCCACAUAGACACACUCAAAUACCAAAAACCGAUGUACAUAGAAACGGAUUCAUGCAUAGAUAACAUAUAUGGAUAUAACCCGUCCUAACUAACUAACUUAACGAAACUCGGCUUGAGCACUCCGGCACUCGCACUCGCUUGGCUCCCAAUAUUCUAGGCUUAUAGACUCGAAUACCGUUAACGAAAUGGCAAAGUAAAACUCAACUCAACCAACUAGUUAACUCAGCAAACGUAAAGCUUAAGUAAAACCGAAAAGAUAUAGACAGCAGAAAUGUGGCCGCUAAACGAAACGACAAUCGACAGACCUAAGAAACCAAAAACUAAAACCAAAAAAAGUUAGAAAAAGAAACAAAAAAAAAAAGAAAUAGCAAAUCUCUAGUUAAAAGCAAAAAUCAACUAUGAUUUCUUUGGGCAUUGUAAAUAAGUGAAUUACAUUUUAGCAAAUAUGUUACGACACGCUCACCAACAAACACCUACACACAUUUUUUGUGAUAAAAAAGAAUUAGCUAAAGAAAGAAGAAUUUCAAAAGUUUAGACAAAAAAAAAAUUAACCUAGAUAUUUGUUUAUGCUGGCAUUUGAUAGGCUUGCACUUGGCAUAUAGUUUGUAGCGGAUUAGGAGGAUGAGGAUCAUCAGGAUGAUGGUAGUAGGGAACCGUGCCGAAUGCUCUUCGGAUCGCGAUAUAUAGUAUGUUUAAGUAGGAGAAGGACGAACGGAAUCCUGGACAGUUUAGAGGCAAGGUUUCAUUACGUUUAAGUCGCCAGGGACAUAGCAUCAGUUGGAGUCCACUUGAAUCUCGUUCGGUUACCGUUUUGAUUCCCUAGUUGGUAUUUGAUAAUUGCUAUUUGAUAUUUGAUCCUUACUUAUGGUACCGUACCGUAGCGUAGAGAGACGGCAGAACCGGAACCCGGCUACAAAUACAUGCGAACUGUCUUCCCUUUAUAGUUGGGGGAGUUAGGAGGGGUGGGCUUAGAUGGGGCAUCGCGGUUCUGUCCGCGAAAGUUACUUAGUUCUAGUUGUAGAUUUUUUCGAUUCCCAUUCCCAAAAGGGCGACAGCCCACUCCCGUCAUACCAAAAACCAAAUCAAAACCAAAAAGCAAUUCAAGUGGUAUUACAAUUGACUAACCAACACUCACUCACUCACUCAGUCAGUCAGUCACACUCACCCCUUAAACAUAUACGUAUUUCCAAUACUCAACAAUGAAUAAAAAGUUAAUGGAUAGCGAAGAAAUACAAUUUGUUGCAUACGUUUAGGCCUUAAGAUCUAGUUGAAAGUUUAACGAAUGUAGCGGGCUCACUGUACAUAGGUUUUUUUUAAAUAACUAUAAAUCAAAUAUACCUAAACGUAAUUAAAUAUAUAUGUAUAACUAAUUAUUAAUAAAUAAUUAGGCAGCAAACAACUGAGUAAGGAAAGCUAAGACGCACUAGGCCGGAGAAGGGAAACGAUAAGACGGAGAUUUACCGAUAGUCCUCAUAUGAAGAUACGAUAGCACUGAUACGAUACUUAUACAGCUUAGUACUCGUAUUGUUUCAGCCUAUCUCUCGCCACCUUUUCCCCCACUCUCUAUCUCUGUCUCUCACUCUUUCUCUCUCUCUCGCUUCCGCCCCCAUCCUUGGUAUUCUUUUCGGGUGCUUUAGACCCUACUACACAGAGCCUUAUAAAUAUAACCUAAAGUAACUAAACCAACUCAAGCAGCAUUCAGCAAACUAGCAACUCAGACCUAAUACUAAACCUAGAAUUAGGAUAAAAAGUGAACGAAAACGUGAAACUAAAAGUGGUGCAAUUACAAUUUAUAGAUCAAGCUGAGAGAGCAAUUUAGUCGAAAUUUAUAUUGAACAAUUUAUGGGGGUAGGAUGUGGAUACAUAUAUACAUACAUAGGCGGAGUUGCAAAUCUCAUGUAUAUACACCCAGGCAAAGAUGACAGACAACCGAAGAAGAAAACCCCUAUCUCGAAACCCAGAUAAGAAAAACUCAUACUCAUGAUGUUCUGGCCUUCGAUUUCGCCUAGAAAACGCCCGAUUCAGUCUGAUAUUUAUAAAGAUCGCCAGAUGGAAGGCUGCUGAAGGUCGGUUCGGGUCCGUCUGCUGGGAGAUUCGCUGAGAGGCGCCAAAGAAACUGAUUAAACCAUAUUAUUAUUAUAAAUAUGUACAUGUAUAUAUGUGUACCUCUAGUUACACCUAGAUUGAUAACGAGAACAACCUAUCAAAAUUAAGCUUUUAUACGCCAGAAUUUUUUUCUAAACUAAAAAAACUAAAACGAAAGUAAACUAAAGAAACACUCAAGAAUAUACACAAUUAAUGCAAGCCAGAGAAAAGAGCAAAAUUAACUCACAACACUCAAUUAACGAAUACCGUUUACAAAGCCCCAAGUGAAAUCUAAAUUAAUUUAAAUAUACAUUAUACAAAAAUAGGAAAAAGCCUUAACCAGUAAAACACGCGCCUCAUUUUCGUUAUUCCAUUUAUUACGUAAGUCCCACAGCAAUGCUAAAAAGAAAAAACAAAAAAAAAAUACUACGGCUAAACCAAACAUACUGAAGAUACUGAAAAUACCAAACCAAAAUAUUUAGCAUUAUGCUCUAGACUCUAGACGAAAAAGAACCAAAAUUUUACAACAACAAGAUGAAACAAGAACAAACGCGAUAAAGCAAUGUUAAACAUUUUCCACCAAUUUGAGAAGCAUAGUUGCUAAAAUACAAAAAAAAUACCUAAACAAAAAACAGAAACUUAUUUCGUACACGCGCCCUUUGUUUUUAAAAAUCGAAAAGCUGCCUAUUUAUAUAUUUACAUACAAAAUGAAACGAAACGAAAUGAAAUGAAAAGAAAAGAAAAGAAAGUGAAUUACCAAUUACAUAACUACAAAUUUAACAAACCACAAAAAUACUACAUUUUGCAAUUGCAACAUUCCAAGUAAAGAAAAAAUACCAAAAAUAAUACGAGCAUGUAAAAAUAGUUUGAAAUCAAUUGUGUUUUGGUUCAAAGGCGCCGAAAACUUAGAGACAUCAAGCCACGGCUUUGCUAAGCAGAUUUACAGUUAUAUACAUACACCCACAUAUAUACCGAUAUAUGUAUAUAUACAUAGGUAGUUUAUACCAUUUAAAAGCUUGCUAGGACUCGUCGUCCUUGGGCCACUGAUUAAACACCAGGAGACGAGCCGCGAAAUCGAUAACAGAAAUAGUUGUAACAUUUAUUUGAGAGUCGCUGGAUUAAUGCCUACAGUUAAUGUGUAUAGUUACUUGAUUAUUGCCGCAUUCGACCCACACUCACACACACGUAAACCAGAAUCGGAUAGGAUAUACGCCCGAAUUUCUGGGUUUAGUAGGAUUGAUCGAAAAUUGGUAGCCCAAAACUAAAAGCGCGGCAAGGCAAAGAAAAAAGUUUUCAGAACUGCAGAAAGCGCAGAACAGAAGCUAAGACACAAUAAAUGAAAAGAAACAAAGAAAAAAGAAAUACAUACAUAAAUGUUUUUAAAAAA